UUGGCGGGGCGCGCGGGGCGGGGCGGCCGGAAGUGACGGACGGGCGGUGGCGGAGCGGCGGAACGAGGCGGCGGCGGCGCGGCCGGGCCGGGCCUGGGGCACCCCGGCACAGAUGGACGGGUCGUCCCCGCCGUUCCUGCUGGCCAAGCUGACCCCGCUGCACUCGGAGCAGCUGCUGCAGGGCCUGAACCUGCUGCGGCAGCACCAGGAGCUCUGUGACGUGGUGCUGCGCGCCGGCGAGGCCAAGAUCCACGCGCACAAGGCCGUGCUGGCCAGCAUCAGCCCCUACUUCAAGGCCAUGUUCACCGGGAACCUGUCGGAGAAGGAGAACGCCGAGGUGGAGUUCCAGUGCGUGGACGAGGCGGCGCUGCAGGCCAUCGUGGAGUACGCCUACACCGGCACCGUCUUCAUCUCGCAGGACACCGUGGAGUCGCUGCUGCCCGCCGCCAACCUGCUGCAGGUGAAGCUGGUGGUCAAGGAGUGCUGCGCCUUCCUGGAGAGCCAGCUGGACCCCGGCAACUGCAUCGGCAUCUCGCGCUUCGCCGAGACCUACGGCUGCCGCGAGCUCUACCUGGCCGCCAGCAAGUUCAUCUGCCAGAACUUCGAGGACGUGUGCCAGACCGAGGAGUUCCUGGAGCUGACGCACUCGGAGCUGGACGAGAUCGUGUCCAACGACUGCCUGAACGUGCUGACGGAGGAGACGGUGUUCUACGCCCUGGAGGCCUGGAUCAAGUACGACGUGCAGGAGCGCCAGAAGUACCUGGCGCAGCUGCUGCACUGCGUGCGCCUGCCCCUGCUCAGCGUCAAGUUCCUCACGCGCCUCUACGAGGCCAACCACCUGAUCCGGGACGACCACACCUGCAAGCACCUGCUCAACGAGGCCCUCAAGUACCACUUCAUGCCCGAGCACAGACUGUCCCACCAGACCAUGCUGCUGACGCGGCCCCGCUGUGCGCCCAAGGUGCUGUGUGCCGUGGGGGGCAAGGCCGGCCUCUUCGCCUGCCUGGAGAGCAUGGAGAUGUAUUUCCCCCAGAACGACUCGUGGAUCGGGCUGGCCCCCCUGAGCAUCCCCCGCUACGAGUUCGGGGUGUGCGUGCUGGAGCAGAAGAUGUACGUGGUGGGGGGCAUCGCCACCCACGUGUGCCAGGGCAUCAGCUACAGGAAGCACGAGAGCUCCGUGGAGUGCUGGGACCCCGACACCAACACCUGGAGCUCCCUGGAGAGGAUGUUCGAGAGCCGCAGCACGCUGGGCGUGGCCGUGCUGGCCGGCGAGCUCUACGCCCUGGGCGGCUACGACGGCCAGUCCUACCUCAGGAGCGUGGAGAAGUACGUGCCCAAGGGCAAGGAGUGGCAGCUGGUGGCGCCCAUGAGCAGGACACGGAGCUGCUUCGCUGCCGCCGUGCUGGACGGCAUGAUCUACGCCAUCGGGGGCUACGGGCCUGCCCACAUGAACAGCAUGGAACGCUACGAUCCGAGCAAGAACUCCUGGGAGACCGUGGCCUCCAUGGCUGACAAACGGAUAAACUUUGGGGUGGGGGUCAUGCUGGGCUUCAUCUUCGUGGUGGGGGGACACAACGGGGUGUCCCACCUGUCCAGCAUCGAGAGGUACGACCCCCACCAGAACCAGUGGACGGUGUGCCGGCCCAUGAAGGAGCCCAGGACAGGCGUGGGCGCGGCGGUGAUCGAUAACCAGCUGUACGUGGUGGGGGGACACUCGGGCUCCUCCUACCUGAACACGGUGCAGAGGUACGAGCCCAUCUCGGACUCGUGGCUGGACUCGGCGGGGAUGAUGUACUGCCGCUGCAACUUCGGCCUCACGGCGCUCUGAGGCCGCUGCCCUCGCACGGGGCGGCCGGAGCUGAGCCCGGGGCCGCCAGGGAGCCGCUCCCGGGGCCCGGGCACCCUCCGGUACUGCGGGAGCACAGGGCGAGAGCUCCGUGUCCCGCUGCCUUUGGCACCCUGCUCGCGGCUGGGGUUCGGGAGAGAGCUGGCAUCCAGUUGGGAAUGCGCCCACCCAGUUGGGAAUGCGCCCAUCCAGUUGGGAAUGUGUCCAUCCGACCCUUUCUAGAGUUGUGUCUGUUCCUCCUGUGGAAUGCGGAGCUCCCGAGCCGGGGGAGGCUGGGUGAGCGUGGGGGUGAGCGCAGGGGGGCUGAGCCCUGCCUGGCUGCACACCGGGAAAGCUCCAGGGGCUUUUCGUGACCGGUAACUCAAGGGCUGCCUUGUUUCUGUAUCUCAAGGUUUGUACAUAAUAAAUGCCAUAGGAUGUUGCCUGUACUCUCCUUUGUCACCUGCUUCCUGCUAGGAGGGCUGGGAUGAUCCUUGGAGACGUUUACAAGGCAAAUUUCUUGCCUCCUCGGGACGUUUUUGGAUCUGACGGAGAGAAUUUGCAUUUUUAACUUUUCCUUUCUGUUUUCUGCUCAUGGAGAAACGAGUGCUAGAUGAACUGACUUCAUCCUGCUGUGUGCUUUCGGUUGGAAUGCGAGGAGAAACCACAGCAGCAGCAUUCCUAGCAUGAGACCCAAUAAAUAAAACCUCCAUCCCAGCCCAUCCCACCCUCGCUCAUGUCCGUGUUCCCCUUUUUCCAAGGACUCUGUGGUUGCUUCCUCUGAGUGUUCCCAUCUCACAAUGGUGCUAAAUGUAGGGGUACCCCCGAGGCUGUUCCUGAUUUCAGUGCAUAAAGCAUGUUUGGAUUGUUCCA